CCCUUAAGGCGCGACGAGGAUUCUGUCUCAGCUGCGGCGGGAGUGAAAAAGCAGGAUGCAGAUGAACGCAGCGGACGGCGGCGACUGGAAGGAAGGCUUAGUCGUAUCGGGGAAAAGGUCUAAAUCCGACGGUAAGGAAGGCUUAGUCGGAUUUGGGAAAAGAUGUAGAUCAUCUAGGUCAAGCUACGAUUUGCAGGAGGAGCUCGACAAAUGUCCUUGCCUUUUCGGGUAUCCUUCUAGCGACGGUCCAGUGUUGUACUGUUUCAACUUGGACGAGAAGAGCCAGAGCAAGAGAAACUUCUGCCGACGGUGCUGCGCCGAUAUCUUCGGAGAAGACAAAGCGGCGGAGGACAAGCCGCCUGAGCUUGUCGGGAUGCGGCUGCUCACUUCUCCUCCGUCCAACAAGUCGGGACUGACUCCGGACUGUUCUAUGACCGUCGCUGUCGGCGGCUCGGUUGUCUACGCACUUGGUGGUUCCUCUGAAGACUCUGAGAAGGAAGGCCGAUGGCUGUACUCCAACAAGGUCUUCUAUUUCGACACUAAUCAUCCGCGGAAGGGAUGGAUUCAAGGCCCUGAUAUGCUCAACAAGAGACAUGGCGGUAAAGCUGUGGAUGUUGAAGGUAAGAUCUAUGUUUUUGGUGGGGUUGAUUAUAAAAAUAAGGAUAAAAAGAAGGCUCGACACCCGUGGGCGGAGUUUCUCGACCCCAAGAAAAACGAAUGGGAGCCUAUACCUCCACCCCCGAAGCGCUUUGGUAUGCACAAGAGCGAUUUAUGCAUAACCCCCGUCCUUUACGGCGGCGGUCCUAGAGAUGGAAAGAAGAUCCUGCUGGGUUGCUGCAGCUAUAUCUACCAUGUCAACGCCCGAUGUUGGGAGGAAUUCCGACCCAAACGUUCCCUUAACUUCAGUUCCAAUCUAACUGCUGUCGGCAACUUCCUGUACUGGACAUUUAGGGGGAUUUUCUACACCUUCGAUAUGAAGACGGAGAAAUUCGACUGGGGAACCAUUGAGGGUUACCCGAUGACAAAGUACCAAGCGGAUCUUCUCCUCCCUGAGCCAGCUUUGCUUCAUUUGGGGGGAAGUCACUUCUGUUUUCUCACCCUCAAAGAUCUCCCCGGAGACCCCAUCAAAGUUCGCUGCUCCAAGUUUCGAGUUUCACACCAAGGUGGCUUCAAGGCUUCCAUUGUAUGCCGUGAAACUUUUAUUAUCCCUCACCCACUAACCGUCUACAGUAGCUGUGCCUUCGUCAUUGUGGAACUUAGAUGAUUCCAUCCUAUAUGCCGGAACACAUGCUAGUGUGAAGCACCCUGGCUUCCAGCCUGUUGGGGAUUUUUAAGUUGAUCAUAAAUGACAAGAUGUUUGCACUCCAACGGAAUGCCAAUGAAAAUCCUGACAAGGAUAAACUGAAGGACAUAGCAGAUUUACAGGCUAUCUUCACUCCAAAGUGAGCUCACUACGCUAUUGACCAAAAGUUUUCCGUCUUUUUAGUCUGUUCGGCACUCUCAUUAACCCUUGGUAGGCCAUGGGAGUUUUCUUUCAGAGUAGAAACUAGAAAGGGGGUCCUCCAAACAACAAUUGAAUUUUCUGAUGGUAGCUUCGCAGCCCAAAGGCCAAUCUUAUUCUGGUUUUCUACUAUUGGUCCUUUGGGAGGGGUGGGUCCACGAAUCCUAAAACAAAGGGUCAAAUUCCACAUCAAUUUACCUAGACGAACACGAUAUAUUAUGCAGAUUUGGCUCACCUAAAUAAUGAAAGGCAAAAAUGUGCAAACUAGAGCCGCAACAAUUUCCAUAGAUGUCUAGCACAGUUGAUGAACAAGGUAAUUACAGAACAUCAAAAACUCCCCCACGCCCACCAAACUAUGAUACCUAUGUAAUGUCCAUAGGUAUCCUUUUUGCUGUUUUUAUUUAAAUUUGUACCAGCACCUUGAUUAGCUGUAUUCGUGCAGAAACUAGCCUGAAUUCAUUGUAAGUUGCAUUCGUAUCAUGCUAUCUUGCAUCUCUCUUGCUGGUUUGGAGGUUUAACAGUUGGAAUGGAAGUGAAGGUAUGUAGCAUGCAAUAAGUUUGUGUACAGUUACCCAAAAAAAAAAAAAAGUUUGUGCAGCCUAGAGUAGGGGAUUUUCUUGGUUCCUGAGGGAUAAAUAACGAGGAGAAGUGGUUGCAUGCCUUUAGGUUUGAAAUGCUUGCAUUAUCGCUGUAAGUGUUGAUUUUUUCAUAAAUAUGGCAAUGUGAAAUUCCCAAAAAAAGUUCCCGAAGCCAAAGUUCUAACUCAAUUAACUGAAAGUCCACUCCUUGGCUUGAAGCCUCAAGCCGCACCCUAGCAGCGUAUUUCCAGUUGAAGGCAAAGCCUAGGAUUGAUUAGUCGACCGAAGUCGUUAUCUGGUACCACUAUGUAAAAGUUUUGGUAGGUAGAUAGUGUAACAUCCUCUUACAGUGCCUUUUACGAAACUGUACGAGAGGUGUUUGGGGCCGAUUUUUUUCAUUGUUCUUUUUUAGCAUUGAAAACUACACAAACACCACAUGUGACAGAUGGAAAUUAUUAGAUCUAGAAUGCUUUGAGCAUCCAGUCCUUCAAGUUCUACAGGAUUUGAUUUGCUAUGGAG